GUCUGCUACCAACCAGUCUAAGAAAUCCCCAGCCCAUCAACAUGAAGUGCAUCGCCAUCAUUUCCACCGUCUGCCUGCUGGCUGCUUUCGUUUCCGCCGACAAGGAGGACAAGAUGGUGGGCUCAUCCUACGGAGGCGGCUAUGGCAAGCCGGCCGCUGCCCCCGCCCCGUCCUAUGCCGCUCCAGCUCCUCAGUCCUAUGCCGCUCCAGCUCCUCAGGCCUACGCCGCCGCUCCAGCUGCUCCGUCCUACGCUCCGGCCUCGAUCCCGGCCCCUCCCUGCCCCAAGAACUACCUGUUCAGCUGCCAGCCCAACCUGGCCCCAGUGCCAUGCAGCGCUCCAGCUCCCAGCUACGGAUCCGCCGGUGCCUACUCGCAGUACGCCCCGGUCUACGCCCAGGCCCCCCUCCAGUGGUAAUCAGUAGAUGCCCCUGACAACCGUGGAACAUUGACAAUUGCUAAAAAAAAAAAAAUACAAAAAAAAUAUACAUUUAUGUUAAAGCAUAA